GGCAAGGAGAAAGAGCUGGCCUCCCUCCUCCGCGCUGCUCCCGUCGAGGGAAGAAAGGCGGGAAAGGCGAGAGGAAGGAGGAGAAGAAGGAGAAGCUGAAGGCUGCCCCAGUCCUGCCUCCGACCGAAGGAGAAGCCGAGAGGCGCCUGCCGCCCACCUUCUCUGAGGGAGAAGUUGCCCUUUUUGCUGCGAGGCAGGAAAGAGGCGCAUGCCAAAGCCAAGCCCUUGAAGAUGACAGCCUUGGGGUCCUCCUUUGGGCGCCCGGAGUGCGCCCUCCCCUUCUGGGGCUGCCCCUCAUAAAUGCCUAGGCUUGCUCUGGGAAGCCCUCUCUGCAGUUUGUUCCUCAGCUGCCCAGAAGAUGGAUCCAGAGGAUGGACCUGAUGCUGCUGCUGCUGCUGCUGCUACUGCUCCCAGCUUUCCCCAGAACCAGUCCUGGGGCUUCUUCUGGCUGGGGCCCCCCAAUGCCUCCAGGCCCUUCGCGGAGCUUCCCCUGAAGGAGGCGGAUGGUAGCGGCUUCCUCUCGGAAAUUGGGGUGGAGAACUUUGUCACCCUGGUGGCCUUUGGGGUCAUCUUUGCCCUGGGGGUGCUGGGCAACUCCUUGGUCAUCACCGUCCUGGCCAGGAGCAAGCCGGGCAAGCCCCGGAGCACCACCAACAUUUUCGUGCUCAACCUGAGCAUCGCCGACUUGGCCUACUUGCUCUUCUGCAUCCCCUUCCAGUCGACGGUGUACAUGCUGCCCAGCUGGGUGCUGGGCACCUUCAUCUGCAAGUUCAUCCACUACUUCUUCACCGUCUCCAUGUUGGUCAGCAUCUUCACCCUCUCGGCGAUGUCCGUGGACCGCUACGUGGCCAUCGUCCACUCGCGGCGCUCCUCGUCCCUGCGGGUGUCCCGUAACGCGACGCUUGGCGUAGGGCUCAUCUGGCUGCUCUCGAUUGCCAUGGCCUCCCCUGUGGCCCACCACCAGAGCAUCGUCCACCAGGACAUCAUUAACCAGACUUUCUGCUGGGAAGUGUGGCCCAAUCUUCAGCACAAGAAAGUCUAUGUGAUCUGCACUUUUAUCUUUGGGUACCUGUUGCCCCUGCUGCUCAUCUCGUUUUGUUAUGCUAAGGUCCUUAAUCAUCUUCAUAAGAAGCUAAAGAACAUAUCAAAAAAAUCAGAAGCAUCCAAGAAAAAGACAGCACAGACAGUAUUGGUUGUCGUUGUGGUUUUUGGGAUAUCCUGGCUGCCACAUCAUAUUGUACAUCUCUGGGCAGAAUUUGGAGACUUCCCCUUGACUCAAGCAUCAUUUCUCUUCAGAGUGGCAGCACAUUGCCUGGCUUACAGCAAUUCUUCUGUGAAUCCUAUUAUUUAUGCAUUCCUCUCAGAGAAUUUUAGAAAGGCUUAUAAGCAAGUGUUCAGAUGCCAGAUUGGUAACAGCUCACCGCUAAAUGAAGUCAAAGAGAAUAAGAGUAAUAUUGAUACCCCACCAUCUACUAAUUCAACACAUGUUUGAAGAACAACAAUAAAGGUCUUUGUCUGCAAUGCUGUUUUCUCUCUCACAUGAAUGGACAUAUGUUGGGGGGUUGGUGGAGAGACAACCUAAGAUGUAUUUCAAGAUUUCCAUUGACAAAAAUUGUUCACUUUAUAGAAGUUCUAUUUAUAAUAAUAGCUGGUGAAAACGAGCAACAUUUGCAUAAGAAAAUCUGAGUUCAAAUGAAAGACACUCUAAUAAGAUUCUUUUUUUUAAAAAAAAGAAUUUAGAUCUUUGAAAAUUACUCCAGAAAAUUAAUUUCUUAGAUGUUAACUCCCUUGGUGCACAUUUAGAAUGAAAGGCAUUUCUUUCUUUCUAACCUUUGUGUCAUUUUUCAAUAUAAAGAAAUUAAGUGAAAAAAGAAAGAACUGAGACAUUAGUUCUCAAAAUAUGUCCUUCCUUUUGCACGAAAAUAGGGUAUAAAUCAGAUCAGAGGCACAUGGGACAUGAAGGGUAGAACUGGAACAUGCUUCUCCUGCCCUAUGCCUGCAGUUUGCAGUAGGGGAAGACCGAUGCCAGUGAAAGUUUUCUUUCCAUUUCAGACAGUAGUUGUAAAGCUGCCUUGUAGUCUGGCACUUAACUCACUUAUAUGCCAGUAACGCACGCAGCAGUCCUGGAAGACUUCACAUGGGAUCUAGCACAAGGAUUGAACCAGAUCUCAAUGUCCCACAAUGGUGAUGCCAUCACAAAACUAUGCCAAAACAUAAAAUCCCACUGGCUAGCCUCGAAGAGGCUCAACACAACUAGAGCCCUUCCAGAUGGUGCCAGGGCAAGACUUCCCUGUGGUCUUGUUCCUUUAAUGUCUUUUGCCAGUAUUUAACUCUUUUCUGGUGUGGAGGUGUUAGAAAUCAGUGCAGUGGCACACUAAGAGCAAAGACACCAGUGGCUCAGAGA